AUGUUACUCCGUUUAACAUCUCGUUUGUUUGCUUCGUCUCCUCUCAUUUCAUCAACAUAUAUCCCAUUACGUUUAGCUAAUACAUUUAUUGAUGAAGAAUAUAUACGUGCUAAUACGCCACCAAAUGAUCAAUCUAUAUCUUCAAGCACUCAAAAAAAUUCAUCUUCAAAUAAUCAAUCUGAACCAAUGACAUUUGCAAAAAUGUUCCGUCAAUCAAAAUUUGUUCAAUUAGGUGGUUUAAAAGGACGUUUAUUAAGUGGACGUAUUGUUGAUGUUAUUGAUGAUGAUUUAUAUGUUGAUUUUGGUGGAAAAUUUCAUGCUGUUGUACAACGACCACAAAAUAAACAACGAGAUCAAUAUACAAUUGGUGCAGUUGUUUCCAUACGUUUACAAUCAUGGGAAAUGGCGGCUAGAUUUUUAGGUGCAUCAAGACAUAUAUCAUUAUUAGAAGCUGAUGCUCAAUUAGUUGGAUUAUUAAGACGAGUUGAUCGAACAGUGAAACCACGUGAUAAAGAUAUCGAUUUACGAUAUCGUCGAGGUGAUAGUCGAGCACCUGCUUCAUUGAAAAGAGAAGUUCUUUAA